AAAUUAUUUUGGUGAAAACUAAGAAAGAUUGGCUCAUAUUAUUUUUUUUUUUCAGAAAAAGGGCUCAAAAGAAAAACCUAUGUCGUGCCAAAUCGUCUCUGGCUAUCUCUUCUCAGACCAGCAUUAAUGACGAAGCGACAACCAGUCCUCUUCAACCGCUAGUCUGCACCGGCCACCGCUCGCAGCUCGCUGUCCUGCCAUCUGCCGCACCUGCACGCCGGGAAAAUAACUGAUUUCUGUCUUUCCGACUCACUACUCAGGGAGGCAACUAAUGUUAUGCUAUUUAUAUGAAAACUUUGGCCCCACCUGGAUUACGCUGGUACCUCUCUUUCAUGCUGCAGAGUGUCUGUUGGUUGUAACUACCACAUAGAGUACUUUUCAAUUCCUUACUCACAAUUUCUGGAACAGAGCAACAUAGCUUGUAAAACACCGCAUACUGGUGUGCAUGUUCCAUUGUGCGAACAGAAGAAAUGUGGGUUUAUGAUGGAUGUCUACAAAUCCUAAAGAUCCAGAAAUUGCGAAGAGUAGUGUCCUAUGCCGGAUUCUAUUGCUUCACUGCACUCCUUACUUAUAUGUACACCAAUAAUACUACUCGAGCUGGGUACUCAAGAGGCGACCAAUAUUAUGCUUCUUACCCAGCUGGCACUGAGCUCCUCACUGACCAAGCCAAGUUAUACAAAGUUGCACUUGGCAAUUGUUUUGAAUUGGAAGAGUGGGGACCGGUUGAAUGGUCUAUCAUGGCCAAACAUUUUGAGCGCCAAGGGAAGUCGCCGUACGCAUAUCAUGCGCAAUACAUGGCACACCUUGUCUCCAAUGGGCUACUCGAUGGAAGCGGGUAGAGUUAAAGAGAGAAUUGUCUCAACAAUCCCUUUGAAAUUGUUUUUACAAAAGGCUUGAAGCUGCUGAAAUUGGUUGGUGUGGACGGGAAAAGUGUAAAUUGCCUCACAAUUUCUACUAACUUUCUUCUCAUAAAUCUUUUGAGUUUUGUUUGGUAUAUUUUAUGUUUGGUAAGGGAUUCUUAUUCAGAAGGAACGAUGCACAAAAACUUCUAGGGCACGUUGAUUUUUGGAAGGGUUUCAGAGAGUUAGGCCUGUAUCUUCAUAUGUAUUUGAGAUUUUAUUUCUAAAAACUGAAGGAAUAACAUAGAAGCUGAUCAUGUCACAUUUCAGUCGCCAAAUUCAUAAUCCAUCAAACUGACAGUUGAGAAAGAAACAUUUUUUGUUUUGCGA